AGAGAGAGCAUCAAGUCACCAGAAUAGGCUCCAUCAUCCACAUACUGUAAGGUACAAGUGCAAGUAGCCUACAAGGAGACUGUAUUCCUCUAAAAUAAUGGACGGGACAAAGCCAGCCAUGGAGUCCAACGCAGAGGAGACUCAGGACGAGGGACAGGAGAGCAAAGGAUGCUUCGAGUGCUGCAUCAAGUGUCUGGGCGGGGUGCCCUAUGCCUCGCUGGUGGCCACUAUCCUCUGCUUCAUAGGUGUGGCCCUGUUCUGUGGAUGCGGCCACGUAGCGCUGACUGGGACCCUGACCAUGCUGGAGAACCACUUCUCCAGGGUAUCUAGCGACCACGCCACCCUCACUAUGGUGAUUCAGAUCUUUCAGUACAUCAUCUACGGCAUUGGUUCCUUCUUCUUCGUCUACGCCAUCAUCCUGCUGGCUGAGGGCUUUUACACCACCAGCGCCAUCAAGAAGGAGCUGCAGAGCGACUUCAAGACCACCGUCUGUGGACGCUGCAUCACCGCCUUUUUCAUGUUCCUGACCUACAUCCUCUUCCUGGCCUUCCUCGCCAUCUUCGGCUUCACGGCGAUCCCGGUUUUCCUCUUCUUUAAUAUGUGGAACACCUGUGCUGCCAUGAAGUCUCCUGAUGCUAACAUCACCUCUCCUGACUCCAUCUGUGUGGAUGUCAGGCAGUACGGUGUAAUUCCCUAUAAUGCCACACCAGGAAAAGCUUGUGGAGCCACCCUGGGAGAAAUUUGUAACACCAGUGAGUUCUACCUGUCCUACCACCUCUACAUCGUUGCGUUAGCCGGCGCCGGAGCCACCAUCAUCGCGCUGAUCCACUACCUGAUGAUUUUGGGGGCCAACUGGGCCUACCUGAAGAGUGCCGCCUCCACGCACGAUUACCAGGACAUCAAGACCAAGGAUGACCAGGAUUUGGAGGCUGAGGCACGCUCCAAGGAGGGCCAGAACUCGUCCUCCUACUCAUAAGGACAAGAGAGCCCAACACCACCGCCCGUCUUCUCUCCACACCACAACCCCCACCCCCCCGCAACACCUAACGCCCACCCUGUCCCUCCGUUAAAACAAACCACCUCGGUCAUGUUUGAUAGUCCCAAAACCUCCUGAUUCUCCAUCCUCUUUCCUUCCACAGUGUUUAUUAAGGGUUGUGGGCACGUCCUCACACCCGAGGGGAAGAGAAUAGAGAGUCAGGAGAAGCGGCAGGCCCAGACGGAGGCAGAUGCUUUCAGAAUGGGAGAGCUCGCCCGCCGGGGUCGAGCUCAGGUACAGUACAUCAGUUCAGAAGCGUCUCUUCCCUCGUGCUUUUGGGCGGCGGCUCGUGAACGUGGCCCGGCUGUGAUGGCCUCGCGCCCUGAGCCAGCACAGCCUCUCGACACACAGCUCCUAACAGCCUAAAAAAAAACAUUGCUCACUGCCUGCUUCGGCCAUAAAGAAGCCAGGCAGCGAUCAACUUCCUCUGUUUUUUUGGUGUUUUAUAUGCAUAUAUAUAUGAAUAUGAAUAUAUUGUGCGAAUGUGUACGAAUGUUGUUGUUUUUUUUAAUACUCUCUGAAAAGUAUGCCAGGUAAUAUUAUGAUCUUUCUUCUUCUUUACGUUUUUGCGCUCAUAGGUUUUUCUCCUUUACUUUUCUCUCCAUCUUUAACUUUUUAUUGCUAAUGCUCGUUGUUGCACUAUUAAAUAAACAAAAAAAAUGGGGGAUAAAAAAAAGCCCUUGAAAAACAUAAACCGCUCCAAUUCCCUCUCUCAUAGACAUACCUAAAAUGAUCUCAAAUCACGUGGUAUCUCAAGGAUUAUUAUGCAUUUACAUGAUAAGAGUUUUAUUUACCCAUCAAGGUAUUAACAGUACAUUUAAGACCAGAGGGGUAGCAAACUUUUAAGCAAGAAAAUCCUUCAGGAAAUACGCUGAUUUGCUUUCAGGUCAAGGAUUAGAGGAGAAGAUUGAAAGCUGUCAGUAUGAUUUGUAAGAAGCUAAAUUGCAACAGGCAAGCUACAAUUAGCAUAAAGAUUGGAAACACAGCGACGGGCAUUGUGUCUGAUUUCAGAUACUUGUGUAGUACACUAUGUACAUAAUCAUGUAGUGGAUUCAUUUUGACUUGUUCCAGCAAGUCAUGCACUUACCAGAAACAACUGUAGCGCUGGACCGCGAUUGUUAGCUGCCGCAUUUUGCCGAACAUACAUUUUUUGUUAAGACUCUGACCAAAUAUUAACCUAAAUUACUCUUAAAAAAAAAAAAAAGAUGACAACGUAACACAAACAUGGAACAAUGCAAAAACAUUUGUAAUACCAACAGCUGAAAAAAAUGUACCUGCUGCUGUUAGCUAGCUAGCUAGCACUGGCAUCACCUGCUGCUGUUAUUUGUUGAAUCUUCCUUUUGCACUUCUUGGCUAAAACUUAUUUGGUGGGCCCUUUUUCCAGUGCUUGGUCAAUAAUUGUUUGUUAGGUCCUCCUUUUCCACUUUUUGGCUAAAGCUUAUUUGGUGGGCCCUCUUUUUCCACUUCUUGGCUAGUAGUUGUUUAGUGGGCCCUCCUUUUUCUCUUUUGGCUAAAGCGUAUUUGGUGGGCCCUCUUUUUCCACUUCUUGGUUAAUAAUUAAUUAUUAGGUCCUCCUUUUCCAUUUCUUAGCUAAAGCUUUUUUGGUGGGCCCUCCUUUUCCACUUCUUGGCUAACGCUUACUUGGUGGUUCCUCUUUUUCCACUGCUUAGCCAAGAUGGCAACUGUUAUGGGUGAGAAGUUCAGCCUUCCACACUUAAUACAGGCAUAUGUUAGUGCUAAUGCACUUACACAUUCAAAACAACAAGUGUAAGUACCGAAGUACAUAGAUUUAGUUAUUUCUUGAGCCUUCUAGCGCUGGAUAUUUGAUUAUUAUUGAAGGCGGUAUGGCUGUACUCAUCCAACUUUUGGCAAGAAAACAUAUUGGCAUACUUCUGGCAAACUGCUCCUUUUAAGACCUUUGUGGGUUUUUUGCUACACUCACCACCAGCGGCAGCAGAAAUCAAAGAUCUGUCCGAGUCUUAAAAAAGACACACACCUCAGGUAUUAAACCAAAUCUGAUUUUCCACCAGUUGUGUUCUUUUCCAAAGCGUCACCAUUUAAACUUUUUCCAGACUGCAGUCCUGUGUGACUUAUACAGUAAAAACCUGUUCUCUCAGUUCCUCCCUUUGAGAAAUUUCACCUGUAAAUAGCCGAAUCACCCUAAAAAGAUGAAUUAACUGUUCCCAAAACAGGGAGAACACAAUCAGUGUUUUGCCAUGCUCUUUUAUUAUUUUUUUUCCACAAAUAUAUGUAAAUGUACCCUUUGAGAUAUGUGUUUAGCACUAAAAUACUAGUUCUGCAUUUGCUAUAAUAAUUGUAAUGUAACAUCUUAAAUGAUAUGUCGUGAGAGGGAUGAAGUGCAGUCAUGGUAUGAUAUGAUGGAUUGAGGUGCUUGUGACGUAUACAUUUUAAAAUGUGACAAAAAAAAAUAAUGGAAAUUGAUUUUUAAUGUUUUAUCAGUUCUAGGCAGCUGAUUUCUUCUUGUGAUUCAGUAAUUAUUAUUUUAUGGAACAUGUUUGUGCUUCUUUUAUUUAAUUUUUGAUGGCCAGACAAAUGAGUGACUCGAGAUAUGAGCUAAAGUCACCUUUUUCUUUUUUCUUUUUUUUUUUUUUUUGUUUCUCCUGUUUUAUUUUUUAAACGUCAUGCCUCUCAAAUGAGCCGCAGAGACUGUUUUUGGAUGUUUACACUGAAUAAAACAAGUCAGGAAUUUUCAUACAUUAAUUUUAUAACCAGAUAUCAUUUAAUAAUCAUGAACUAUAUUCUAUAUCAGUCAUUAUUGGUUAGUUCACCCUCAGAAAACACUGAAGAAAACAAAAUUUUUUUGAACUUUGAUGAGAUGAAGCAUGUCAGUAUUGUCCAUGUGUGCAGCUGUCUAUUCUGUAUAAAAAAGGACUAUAUUGCCAUGUGUGUUAUGUUUGAUAAAUAUACGUGCUUUGCCGCCAGGUCGAUGUAAAGGCAAACUUCAAUUUCCUAUAAGACGAUGCGUGUCAGGGUGUUGUUGUUUCCUUGUUAUUUGCAUGAAGGAGACAUGACUGUGUCUUUGCAGUUUUUCAGGUGAUGUGUAGUCAAUUGUAAUGACAACUAUGGUAGGCGGUGUUUGCCCCCUUCCUUCCUCCCCUUCCACCCACUCUUUUCUAAAGAAAACUCCAUUGUACUUUGAUGGCAUUGUAGUCCUUGUAGGUGUUUCAUUAUGGUUUUCUUUUUUAAGUUGGAAAUAGUUCUAUGACUCCUAUUUAGUGAUGAUUUUUGUAACCUUCUCUAGUAAAACCGAUAUUUUUUAUUAUCGUGACA